AUGCUUGAAAUCGCUGCCUUCACCGCCCCCUCCGCCAUAAUCGCCUCCCAGUCCGGUGCCACGCGCAUCGAACUCUGCACUUCCUACGCCCUCGGCGGCACCACACCUUCCCACUCCACCCUCUCCAUCGUCCGCAGCGCAACACCCCUCCCCAUCACCGUCAUGAUCCGGCCGCGCGGCGGCGACUUCGUGUACAGCACUUCCGAGUACAGCACUAUGGAAUCUGAAAUUGCCAGCUUAAAGGGUCUGGCUGAUGGAUUCGUAUUCGGGAUUCUAGAUGCAGAGGGACGGGUGGAUGAGGAGAGGUGUACGCGGCUGGUGCGAUUGGCGGAGCCGAGGGCGUGUACGUUUCAUCGGGCGAUUGAUGAUGCGAGGGAUUUGCGGGAGGGAGUUGAGGCGGUGGUGAAGUGUGGGUUUAAGCGUGUGUUAACGAGUGGUGGGGAGAAGAGCGCGGUGGAGGGGGUGGAGAGGAUAUGCAGGCUGCAGGAGGUGUUUGGGGGAAGGAUAGAGAUUAUCGCCGGGGGAGGGGUGAGGAGUGGGAAUGUUGGGGUUGUGAAGGGGACGACUGGGGUGCCGUGGGUGCAUUCUGCGGCUGUGACGAGGGAGGGGGAGGAAGUGGAUGGGGAGGAGGUUAGGAGGAUUAGGGAGUUGUUGGAGGGGAUGUAG